GACAAAACUUCCACGUUUCCUGUCAUUCUAAUUAUUUCUUAUCACUCAACUUUGAGAUUAAACUUCGAAAAAUGAGACAUUUAUUAAACACAAGGACAUAUUUUUCAAUUACAAUUUUAUUUUUAAUUACAAUCACAGUUUUGCAAUCUGAAUCGGCUUUUUCAACGAUGGCUAAGAAAUCCACGGAAACUGCCACGUUUCCGUCAAUUGAACCGUUUAGCGAUUUCGAUACUUGUCAGACUGUUCCAUCGGGUCAUGCUUGCGAACAUUUUUGUUCGGUGCUCAAAACUGCUCAUGAGAAUUACAACCGAAAAUCCAGUUACUUUCUCCAUUAUAUCCUUGGAGGUAUUCUUGUCGUUUUGUGCCUAAUUUCCAUUGUUUUGUUUAUUAAGAUAUGUGAAAUGAAGAAAGACCACUCCGACGAGAUGAAUAUUACUCAAUUGCAUGAAAAGGAACAGAAACGAGAAGCUUUGUUUGCAGAAAAUGAUCCGGAUGCCGAAUCUUCAAAGUUUAAGAAGAAAGGAGGAGUUUUGUUGGCAACUAAUUUGGAUGAAGCGUUCAAACAAAACUGUGAAGACUUGAAAGACGUAGAGCUGGGAAAAAUUGAGUACGAUGAAACUAAGAACGAUCAGUACGAUUUUGGGGAUGAGUACGACAAGAUUAAGGGCAAAAAAUCAAAGGACAUGUCUCCAUCAAAAUCAAAAUCAAGUCCGAAGAAAAGAUCAAAAUCGCCGAAAUCAAAAUCACCGAAAUCUCCGAAAUUGAAAUCAGUUUCUUAAAAAAGAAAUCAGUUUCUUUUCAAGAAAUAAACAGUUAAUUCGUCCAUAGUUCAUAUUUUACUGUUUCAAUAACUACUCAAAAAAUUUGUGAAAAUCAACAAUUCAAUAUUCUUGCCAUUAACUUUCGAAUAGUUUAUUUGUUCUGCUUUCAUAUAAAAAUAAUUUAUUAGA